AUGUCCGCCGGCGCCCUGCAGGCCCCUCUCAGGGCAGACGCGCCUCGCGCGCUCCCCGCCUCGAUCAUCGCGCAUCAGAUCCCGCCUGCUCGGCCGCACCCUCGGCGGUGCCCGUCCAGAGCCCAUGCCGCCAAGGGGGACAGCCUGUCGGGAUCCCAACACUCGUACACGGUGCCCAGCGGCGCCGGCGGACCGGCGGUUGAGGAGAACAUGGCGGAGGAGGAGGGCGAGGAGGCGGCGGUGGGGUUCGGCAUGAGGAAGACGAAGAUGGUGUGCACGAUCGGGCCGGCGACGAGCGACAGGGAGAACCUGUUCGCGCUGGCGGACGCGGGGAUGAACGUGGCGCGGAUAAACAUGUCGCACGGGAGCCACGAGUCGCACAGGGAGGUCGUGGAACUAAUCAAGGAAUACAAUGCCCUAGGGAGAAAUGGUGUCGCAGUGAUGCUAGACACAAAGGGCCCAGAGGUACGCAGUGGUGACCUGGAGGUGCCCAUCAACAUGGAGACGGGCGAUGUCUUCUGGUUCACGAUCAAGGAAGGUGCCAAGGGGCAAGAUAAGCGAAUAUCAGUGAACUACGAUGGCUUCAUAGAUGAUGUGGAGAUUGGAGACACCUUGCUGGUGGAUGGUGGGCUGCUCAGUUUCUUGGUGCGGGAGAAGACAGACACGGAAGUGAAGGUGGAGGUGGUGGACUCUGGGGUGAUGGCCUCAAGGCGACACCUGAACGUGCGGGGCAAGAGUGCUAACUUGCCUUCCAUCACAGAGAAGGACUGGCUGGAUCUGGAGUUUGGGGUGGAAGUUGGGGUGGACUUCUAUGCACUCUCCUUUGUGAAGGAUGCACGGGUGAUCAUCGACCUGAAGCGGUGGCUGGCACAGAGGGGAGCAAAGAUCGGAGUGCUUGCAAAGAUCGAGAGCGCUGAGAGCAUCGACAACCUGGCGUCGAUCCUGGAUGCUGUGGAUGGGGCGAUGGUGGCCAGGGGUGACUUGGGGGCUGAGCUGGCCUUCGAGAGUGUUCCGUACUGGCAGUCCAACAUCAUCCAGGGCUGCAGGCGGAGGGGAAAGCCUGUCAUUGUUGCGACGAACAUGCUGGAGUCCAUGAUCAAGCAGCCGACGCCCACCCGUGCUGAAGUCUCUGACAUAUCCAUCGCUGUCCGCGAGGGCGCUGAUGCGGUCAUGCUUUCAGGCGAGACCGCCUAUGGCAAGUUCCCCUUCAAGUCCGUCUCCAUCAUGGAUGCCGUUUGCCGGCGGACGGAGAAGGCGAUGAGAUCCUACACAGGCUCCCGGCGCUUUGGCAGCACGGAGGCAGCACCGAUCGACUGGGUCAUCAGCAGCCACCGGCACGGCGUGAAAGAGAUGACCACGCCCUACCUGUCUGAAAUGUUUGCCUACCACGCCACCACUAUGGCCAACACAGUGAAGACAACGCUCAUUGUAUUCACACGAAAGGGCAACAUGCCUGCGCUGUUGAGCCACUACCGACCAGACUACCCCAUCUUUGCCUUUUGCGAAGACGAAGCUGUGCAGAGGCGUCUGGCAGUGUACCAUGGUGUGACAUCCAUCAGGAUGCGCUUCGAGGCCACGGCGGACGCGUCAUUCGAGAGGGCUCUGGAGGAGCUGCGGCUGCGCGGCCACGUGUCACCUGGGCAGCAGGUCGCCAUUGUGCAGAGCGGCAGAAAGCCCAUCUGGCGCACAGCUUCCACUCACACAAUACAAGUACGGCGGGUGGAAGCUGCUCCAGGAGACAUGGAGGAGGAGGAGGAUGUGGUGGACCUUCAGAAGUACUUGACAUCGAAAUGA